GAGAAUAAGAUCGCCCAAUGGAGACCUGUGAGUAACGGUCGAUCAAUGGGUUCGACGAACUGGUUGCUUAAGAUAUAUCGAUACAUACAUUAUUUCCUUGAUGUGGUUGUCUCCUAUCUUCUGGUUCUGCUGCGUUACCAGUGGUAAUGCAUUUGUUGAUUAUAAAUUUACCUGGAGGAUGAUUCAACGCUAUUCCGAGGAAGAGAGGAAUCUGCAACAACUCGUUCUCGAAAAGGCAAUUUUCGUCCAAAUAAGUGUAUCAUCGUGCUUUUUUUUCUUUUUUCGCGGUAAACAUUCAAUUAUUAAAAGCAAACGACCAUCUAUCUGUGGAUUAUGUAUUUAUUGGAUGGUAAAUUCACGAGCCAAGUUUCAUUUCCUUUCUUAUCAGUGUAAGCAAUCCACAGUGGUCCGAAUGAGUGAAUUUGACGUCCAUCUGAUGCACUCUGCACGGUUCUGUGUAACCUGCCCAUUGACUCAUAUUGCUUACAGUACGACGGUUUUCUGCGAAGAUAAUCUGUUGCAAAUAUCCGCAUUUGUUUUUUAUGCCGAACAUUGUCAUCAAGAACCACAGCAAAAAGCACCAAAAAAACGAUCAUUUAAAGAGUGUCAUGCUAAAACUUUUUUGUUUAUGGGUAUACAGUGAGCUAAUGUGGCAAAAUGCGAUGAAAAAAAAUACAAUAAAUAGAGGAAAGUGUGAGAGAGAAGAAAAAGAAAAACAAACAACGGGAUAAGCAAUAGAA